CCUCAGAUUAUCAGCUAAGCCGAUUUUUUCCCCAUCGUCCUCGCUCAUCCUCUAGACCGGCAGCACAUCCCCCUGGCCUGGUCACCUCCGCGUCCCCGUCCUUCGCGGCAACUUUGUUAAACUCGGUUGUCACCGAGACCCAAAGAGCCCGGCCAACGUCGUCUCGCUCCAGGACCUCAUCUCGCCUUCGUUUGAAACUUUUGUAUUUUUAUCAUACAACUGGGGAAUCCGUCGCAACCCGCACAUAAUUUCCUCAAAGCAAAAUGUCGGACCAGAAGCCGCUUCCCUUUAUUUACCAGUUCGCCGCAGGUGCGGUGGCUGGUGUUUCUGAGAUUUGUGUCAUGUAUCCUCUAGAUGUGGUCAAGACAAGAGUUCAAUUGCAGCAAGGAACAACUGUCGGCGAGGAAGCAUACAAUGGCAUGUUCGAUUGCCUCCGCAAGAUCGUCAAGAACGAGGGUGCUUCUCGGCUGUACCGAGGAAUCAAUGCUCCCAUUCUGAUGGAGGCGCCUAAGCGAGCGAUCAAAUUCUCUGCCAACGACCAAUGGGGCAACUUCUACCGGAAUUUGUUUGGUGUCGCACAGAUGAGCCAGCCUUUGUCGAUUUUAACCGGUGCUACCGCUGGUGCUACGGAAGCCUUCGUCGUCGUCCCCUUUGAACUCGUCAAGAUUCGGCUGCAAGACCGCGCGUCGGCUGGCAAAUAUAAUGGCAUGGUCGACUGCGUGACAAAGAUUGUCAAGCAGGAGGGUCCUCUUGCCAUGUAUAACGGCCUCGAGAGUACUUUGUGGCGACACAUUCUGUGGAACGCCGGUUACUUUGGUGUCAUCUUCCAGAUCCGUCAAGUGUUGCCCAAGGCCGAGACCAAGGGUCAGAAAGUGCGCAACGAUCUCAUUUCCGGUGCCAUUGGUGGUACCAUUGGUACCAUUCUCAACACCCCCAUGGACGUCGUCAAGUCGCGUAUUCAGAACUCACCGAAGAUCGCUGGUCAAGCGCCCAAGUACAAUUGGGCCUGGCCCGCUAUUGGCACCGUCAUGAAGGAAGAGGGUUUCGGUGCACUUUACAAGGGAUUCGUGCCCAAGGUCCUGAGAUUGGGUCCUGGUGGCGGUAUCUUGCUGGUCGUCUUCACUGGUGUGAUGGACUUCUUCCGCAAGAUGAGGGGAGAGGAGGCUUAAAAAAAGUUGUUGACGGUUUUACCUACGCAGCGAGCACGAGCGUCAUGCAUUUUCUUCGUUUUCUUGGGACUUAAAAUAAUACGGCAAGGGAGGGGCGGCUUUUGGCAUUGAGCUUCGAUAUACCUCGGCAUGUACCUGUAGAUAUAGAACUGUACGCCUAGACUAGACGUUACGCUUUUUUAAAGCAUAUGUACGCCCAUGUUUCAUUCUUGCUUGUCCUUUGACUACUUCUUUUCAGAGCAACUUAUAGUUUAUAUUUAUUCCCGGAGCUCAGUCUCUCUCGCACUCCCUCUUGAGUCUCCCG